ACUCAAAGUUUUUUCCAGCAACUCAAUUUGUCCCGAUUUUGUUUAUCCGUUUUGAGUCCACCUCGGCGGCUAACAACGCGCGGGGAAUUAAUGCUGGAGGGGGUGAGGCAGACGGGGUAACAGUGUCAUCAGUUGUUCCCUGAAUUUCUGAUGAAUUUUGGAGGGGGGUGAGGGAACAUUGGGCGCUGAUUGUCUCGAGUUUACUCACAGUCUUCUCGUUCUUGCGAGAGAGUGAGGAAGGGCUUCGGGGGAUAAGGGAAAGCUGUGUUUUGGUGAAUUGUACAGCUGUCGAAAAUAGAACAGUGUGAUUGUAACGGGAUUCUAGGGGUGGGAGUGUAAACACAGAGGGUCGAGUCAUUCACACCGUGCGGAAUUGCUCUACAUCCGCGUUUUCGUGUGGUCGCGUGCCGAACCUUUAUCAGAAACAGAAUCGUGACGUUUGCAAGUGUUUCGAGAACGUGAUCGUUGAGCAUUUUGAUGUAUGAACGGUAUUAAAUAGAUAUGUUACUGCUGUGAAAUAAACGUGAGGGGUUUUGUGUGGUGAUUAGUUUGUUUACGGAUUUAUUGAAAAGUUAGAUGGAUACAAUGGUGCGGUUUUGGGCCGAUGAGGCAAUCCUGUGACCAUUGAAUAUUGACGAUUGUUUUUAUUUUCAAUUUGUCGCAUCAGUUUUCCGUGAUUCUCCAAGUCCGGCGGAUGAACGUGAUUAUGAGCACGUGAUUUGGUGCUAUUCGGCGGUCUCAUGCUACGAUAUAUCUGAUUGUGGAAGUAAGUGGCACGUGCAAUCAGUUUGGGAUAAUAUUUUAAGAUGAUGCGUUGGUAGAGACAGUGGAUUAUUUGAGUUCGAUAGUGGUGAGAACAGCUAUUUGUGUAUCUCGUGUGUUGGUGAAAUCGAUACUUCGCUUGACACAGCUAGGUGUCAUUAUGAAGAUGAUUAAUCGGGCGUUUUGGAGGAUCUCGAGUUGGCCCUCGUUCCUCAGGCUUUUACUAGCAUUAUCACAGGUGCAGGCAGCUGAGGAGACCCAAGUGGACACACACGAGGGCUCGACAGUUCUUCUGCAAUGUCGCUUUCCUCCAGUGAGACAAAAUGCCACAUCCUUCUGGUUAAGCAACACCAACAACGUCCACGAUAAUGCUGUGGUUGAUGCAAAAUCACUUUCACCAAACUAUCGCGUUGAUAUGGAUCUUGCUGCUGGCCGUUAUGAUCUUGAAAUUCAUAAUGUAUCGUACGAUGCCAAUAAUGGAAAGUACGAGUGUCGUAUCAAGAAAACUGGCAGUGGUGUCAAUCUGUAUCACAAAAAUGUGACACUAACAGUGUUGAGAGUACCAGGACAACCAUCAAUAUCACCAACAUCAACACCAGCUACUGAAGGUAAAUCAUUGAAACUCCAAUGUAAUACGUACGGAGGUAGUCCUGAACCAGAAGUCAAGUGGUACAAGGAUAAUAGCCCCAAGGAACUUCACACAGGACGUGAAUUGGAGAUUGUACCAACUAAGGAUGAUGAUGGUGCUAUAUUCUGGUGUGUUGUUAGAAAUCGUGCUAUGCCAGUUGGACAUUCAUUGAAUGCCACGGUGAGACUCGAUGUUAAUUACUUUCCCCGGGUGACUGUCGGCCCGGAAAAUCCGUUGAAAGUAGCGGCCAAUGGUAAAGCUGUGUUGCGUUGUAAUGUCGAUUCAAAGCCCAAAGUUAACAUGGUACGAUGGAUGCGGGAUGGUAGCUUUUUUGCAACAUCAUUUGAUCAUACAAUACCGAGGGUGACCAUUCAGGAUGCUGGACAUUACACGUGUCAGGCUGACAAUGCUCUUGGUAGAACAGGUGAAGCAUCACUGUAUCUUGAUGUGCUUUAUCCACCAACAGUUGCCAUUGAAGGUGACACAAUUCGUGUUGCCGAGGUGGAAGAUACAGUAACCGUUCACUGCAAUGUAUCGGCAAAUCCUCAGCCGACUGCCGUCGAAUGGUUCAGAGAUGGUAAACCAGAAUUUCGGCAUACUGGUCCAAUAUUACGUUUCACUAGAGUCAAUGCUGAGCAUGCUGGCAAUUAUACUUGUAAAGCAAUCAAUAUCAUUCAUCCCAGCGGUGGCGAACGAAAAAAUCAUUCUGCCAUUGCUCGGGUUAACAUACGGAUUCGCCAUAAGCCUGGACCAGCAAAGGUAACACCGGAUUCACCAGUUGCUGUUGAACACUCGAGUGUUAUACUCACUUGUAUGGCAAGUCCAGCUGGCUAUCCUGAGCCACAAUAUAAGUGGUUUAAAGAGGGAGAGGAUGGAGCACCAGAGCAACCAAUCGAUGCGUCUGGUGCACAAUUUGUUAUUGAUUCUGUAACAUUAGCCAGUGACGGUACCUACAGAUGUCUAGCUAUGAAUGAAAUCGGCACUGGUGAAGCAGCAUCCGUUAGAUUGACUGUUCAUCAGCAACCGAAAAUUGUAAGUAAACUCCAACCACAUCUUACACGUACAGUUGGUGAAUCUGGUUUCACAGUAUCUUGUAUGGCACAUGGUAAACCAAAACCCUUGGUUCGUUGGCUCAAAGACGAGGAGGAACUCACUGCCGAUGAAAGUUUGUACAAAGUUGUAACUCUAACGUCCAAAGGUCAUGGUAAUGUCAUCACUGUUAACUCAACCCUAAGUUUUCUGGGUCAUUCACGACCAAGAACUGAUGAAAUCAUAGCCAGUGAUAGGGGCAAAUAUACCUGUGUGUUUGUUAAUGAAGUUAAGAAAGUUGAAUCUGAAAUGAUGCUGAAGAUAGCGCAUGCACCAAUUGUCCUUCAUAAACACAGUAAAGUCGCUUACAAUUUGAAGGAAACUGCUGAGAUAACUUGUAAAGUACAAGCAUGGCCAAAGCCAGAAUUUCAAUGGAGCUUUGCAUCUAAUACAGCACCACUUCAGGGUGCAUCAAGUGAUGGACACUACGAACUCUGGACUACGACUGUUGAAAAGGAUGAUAUAUACACUUCGGUGUUGAGAAUAUCUGAUAUUGAGGACGAGGAUUACGGUGAGUACAGUUGUCGUGCUGCUAAUGCACAGGGACCUGUCACUUCUGUAAUCACUCUCCAGCCAAAAGGAGCACCAGAGAGACCCUCGGACCUCAGUGCUGUGGAGAUUGGACCGACUUAUGUGGCUUUGCAGUGGGAAGUUGGCUUUGAUGGUGGUGUGGCCAUUACCAAGUACUUUGUGUCUUAUCGAAGGGUUCUUGUCGAGAGUGAGGAUCGGUCUGUUCCACUUGAUUGUGCACCACCUCGUGGCCCAGCUGGACAGUGGCAGGAGCUAGACUGUCGCAGAUCUAAUCCCUGUAAUAUCACUGGUCUCGAACAACAUCAAAAGUACACGUUUAAAGUUAAGGCUUACAACACCAAAAAUCAUUCUGAUUAUUCCGAGGAGAAGACUUUUACAACAACUGUAGCUAAAAUCCCUUCGCCUCAUCGUGUUAGCUACCACCCAGAGAGUGGUUCACUGGUUAUUAAUGUCGGACCAACUUGUCUAGCUGUUGUUGCUUCCAUAGAACGAACCGAUGGGGGAUCUAAUCAGUGGAGAGUUGUGGAUGAGUGGCCCCUCGAAGUCAUGGGGAGUGCCCCAACUCAGAGGGAGGGAAUACUUGAUGAUCCUGACACUUCCAGUGGUGAACCACGACUCAAGGUUAAACUUUGUCUCAAGUCUGAUAGAGAGAAGUGCGGUGACUGGACUGAAGCUGAAGUUGGACCAUCGGUGAUAAAUCAAGCAGGUGCCCUAGCAACACCAACAUUAAUCGCUCUAGUCGUCAGUGGUGCAGUUUUCCUCCUAUUCACAGCCCUGUUACUCCUCUUCUGCCGUUGUCGAAGAAAGCACGCAGCAAAAGCCAAGGACUAUGAGAUGGACUCCAACGCAGUACGUCCGAGUUUGGUCACUGGUAAUGGACAACAGAAUCAGGCGCCACCACCUUAUUUUGCCGAGAAUAAAGCCCUUGAGCACAGUUUGGAUCAUGCACUGGCUAUGGAGGACUCGAAAACACCUCCCUAUGCACAGACUGGAUAUGGAUAUCAUCAACCUACUCACAACAUCAAUGGUGAGAAUGGUGUCAACAUGGGAUACCUGGACAAUAGCUACUCAAACUCUAACAAUGGUGGAUCCGUCAACUCCCAGGAUUCAAUCUGGCAGAUGAAAUCGGCAGCAGCCAAUGGGGUAAAUCCUCAGUACGAUCUUGGUGGAUAUGCCCCGACAGAGUCCGAUUAUCCGACCCACCAGCACUAUUUACCACAGAGAGAGGAUUACCGAGAGAGUCACAACCUCAGUCGGCAGCAAUUCUGCACUGAGCCCUUUGCAACUGUUGUCAAAACCCAGAAACAUGUUGAUUCGCAAUAUGAUGUGUCAGGUCUCCCCUAUCAAGAGACAUACGACGGUGAGCCAAAGCCGCCCCAAGUGAGCCUCUCCUAUGACGAGAGUCUUGAGUCUGGUUACUCAACUCCCAACAGCCGACGACCGCGAAUCAUAAGGGAGAUAAUUGUCUGAGAUC